AUGCGAACCCUGUUCGGCUUCAUCGGAACCAUCGACGAGCUCAGACUCUUUCCUCCAGAAGCGUUGUGUGUACAUCUCGCAAAAGCAUCUAUAUUUUCUUUCAGUGAUUCUCCCUUGCCUGUGACUUCACGUGUAUGUUUUGUAAAGUUCCACGAGCCGGAGUCAGUCGGAGUGUCCCAGCAUCUGACCAACACGGUGUUCGUGGACCGAGCCCUGAUCGUCGUCCCCUUCGCCGAAGGAGUGAUUCCUGACGAAUCCAAGGCUCUGUCGCUGCUGGCUCCAGCCAAUGCCGUCGCAGGAUUGCUGCCAGGAGGCGGGCUCCUCCCGACGCCCAACCCCGUCCCAUCGAUCGGUGGCGUUUCUCUUGGAGGUCUUGGAGGGCCGAACUUGGACCCCAUGGCAGCUCUGGCCCUGGCGGCACCCAAUAUAAACACUCAGGCUUUGUCAGCUGAGCAGCUUAUGAAGCUUAUGGCAUCCAUAGACCCCAAGCUGAAUCACCUUGCCGCGGGGCUGAAUCUGAGCCCUGGACUGAAGGCAGACUCCUCGAAUAAAGAGAUCGAAGAAGCCAUGAAGAGAGUGAGAGAAGCCCAGUCUCUGAUCUCCGCUGCCAUCGAGCCUGGAAGUAAGAAGGAUGAUAAACGCAAGCGCUCCAGGUCCAGAUCCCGGCGCAGGAGGUCCAGGUCCCGCUCCAGACACAGGAGGUCUAAGAGUCACUCCAGACGGAGAUCUCGCUCCAGGAGCAGGAGGAGGUCCAAGAGCCCCAGGAGGAGGAAGUCUCAUUCCAGGGACCGCGGCAGACGCUCCAGGUCCAGAGAUCGGAGGAAGGAUGACAAGAACAGAAAACGUUCCAAAACUCCACCCAAGAGCUACAGCAGCGCCAGACGCUCGCGCAGCACCAGCCGCAAACGACACCGGAGAAGUCGCAGCGCGUCCCGAUCACCGAAGAAGUCCCGAUCUCCCAAGAGGAAACUGUCCCGCUCCCCGUCUCCUCGCAGACACAAGAAAGAGAAAAAGAAGGACAAAGACCGCGAGAGAGACCGUGACCGAGACCGGAAGGACGACUGGGAGAGAAAUCGGGACAAAAGAGAACGUUCCGACAGCAAGAAGAGCAAAGACAAAGACAAAGACAAGGACAGAGACAGAGACAGGAAGUCCGACAGCGAGAAGGGAGAUGUGAAGGUGACCAGAGACUACGACGAGGAGGAGCAGGGCUACGACAGCGAGCACGAGAGGAACUCGGACACCGCCUCGUCGCCGCAGGCUAAAGAGCUUCGAGCGGACAGCGCAGACGACGCGGGCCGCGGAGAGUCCGACGGACACAGUGAAGACCAGCGAGAUGAAGACAUGGACAUGAGCGACUGAAGCAGCCCACGGAGCAGAUGUUAAAUAGAGUUCAGACAGAGGAGCGCUCUCCUAGAUCAGUCUGAACUCCUUCAUUCCUUUGCGUUUUAAACCACAUCCUCAGAAUCUGCUGUAUUUACUGGUACACACUCGUCUUGAGAUGUCCUCCGGGUUUAGAGCCGUUUCUUCUCUCGUGGCUGAUGUGGAACGAUGUAAUACUGUAUAUUUAGUGUAGGCUAUGUCUGUUUGCAGUUUCUAUUUAAAGCAAUUACCCUCGAAUUAAAAGUGCUUGGAUAACAUUGUCAAGCCGUGGUUUUUUUUUCUUUCUUUCUUUUAAUGAAAUUGCAUUUGUUUUUUAUAGUUAGCCUGAGUUAGUUUGUCAUUUUAAACUCGUUUGUGGAACUUCACGUAAACUGGAUUACUGUUUCUCGCGGGUGAUUCGCAGUGUUUUUCUGUAGUGGACACACCGUCGUCAUAAGACUGUAGUUUGCCAAGAAAAUUACUUCUAUGUACUGUUUGCGAUGUUACGAAUUUAAAAUAAAACUUCAUAUAAAA